GCAAUAGAAUAUACUUUACAAAUAGCCUAAGGAUUAAAAGUUUUGCAUAAAAAAGGAUUAUCUCAUAGAGAUAUAAAACUAGAAAAUGUUUUUUUGUAAAAAUCUAAUUACGGAUAUAAUUAUAUAGUUAAAUUAGGAGAUUUCGGUUUAUUAAAAAAUAGUGAAGAUUUAUAAUCUAAAGUUGGUACUAUUUUUUAUAUGGCUCCUGAAAUGUUAGAUUUAAAUAAAUAAGAAUAUAAUGAAAAAGUAGAUAUUUGGGCUCUUGGAUGCGCUUUACAUGAAAUGUUGAUUGGAGAAAAACUUUUUUAAGGAAACGAUAUUAAUUAAAUAAGAUUAUUCUAGUAAAAGACUUAACAUUUUGUAAGUAAUAAGUUAUAUAGAAGAUUGUAAAAAUGA